UACUUGGAUUAUGUUGAUUUUGGUGCUCGUCAGGUCCCCUGUCUGUUCCUCGUAUUAGUGUUUGGAAAGGCUCAAUGAUUAGGGAUUAUGCAUAUUUUGAUUCGAAAUCUCCUGGCUGUUAUGGGUAUCACCCACUUCUUGACAUUUCUCGUACAUGUUUUUCUAAGGAUCUUAGGUUCAUUGGCAAUCCCGCCUCUCUUUCAUUCGGUGAUGAUUUCAAAGAGAAGCUCGAUACUUUUGCUUGCUGCACACUCCCUGAAAUCUUGAAGAUGGAUAUUUGCAAACUCAUUCAAAAUCAUUGUUUCAAUUCUGGCUUAUCCAUUAAUUUGGAUGUCCAUUCCGUUAAUGCCUUGCCAGAUAAUCUGAAAAGUUGUUUUUGCAAACAGUUGACUCAUGCUUACUCUAUUGACUCCCGAUCACAACAGUUGGUUUUAGAUCUUAUGAAGCUUGUUGCUGAUACUAUUGCUACUGGUGAUGAAAAUAUUAAAGAGGACAGUUCACAACAUGUUAAUGCUGCCACCCAACUUCAGAACUCUCCUAAUGUUAAAUAUCCAGAUGCCACCGAUCAUGUUCACUGCUCCCAACAACACACCUCAAACAAAUAUGAUAACUCUAGUUCAGUUGCAACUACUAGAGUUGGACAGGUUAUUACCUAG